AAGCAGCUGCACAGCACGCCUCGUUCAACCUUUGCACAACAUUUCUACAUUUUACAAACAAAGCAAAAAAAAAAAAAAAAAAUGUUAAGCUAGCGUGAAAUGUGAGAGUGGACACACAGCAGGUGAAAUAGUUGAAGCUAGAGGGAUCUACACUGACAGGUGACCAGAGUGCAGCAACUUAUCCUAGUAUAUCAGAUACACUGGGUAAUAAUGCCAUUGCUUCUCACUUAAGAAGUCCCCCCUCUACUCAACCUUGCCCCCUAGUGGAGCUGUGGAGGUCCAUCUCCCUUGUGGUCAAGAGGAAUCUUCCAGACGACUACCUCCCUCAUCUGGGGAGAUGCUGACCUGCAAUAUUUUCCUCAGAUCCUGUUUAAUUUUUACCCGUUGACGACAUUAAAGGCCAAACAGUUCUGACUAUAACAUCAGCCGGUGAGGAAAGUAACAUCUGCCCCGGGGUAUCACCUCAUAAGAAUCUGUUCAGCGUCCAGUGGAGCCUGAGGAGAGAUGCUCUAAGCCUGUAGGUCACAAGAAGUGUUUUUGACUGACAUCUGCACAAUCCCAUGAUCCGUAGUUUUAUGCUAGACGGUGGUUAAUGGUGCCCCCAAGGCAAAAGGGAGGUGUCAUCUAACAAGAAUCAAACUUAGCCACACAGGAGAAUUUACUCUCCAAAAGAGACUCACAAAACAAAAGUAAAGCCAGAUGGAACCAUCAUCAAAAGGACCACUCGCUAUAGCAACAGUAACAGCAACACCAACGGCAACACACAAUGGUACUCUGAUGAACCCACCAGUGAGCAGCUCCUCUCAUAACUGGCAGUUCCUGGUGGCGGUCCUGGCCACAGCCAUCUCCGUGUCCAUUCUCAUCGCCCUUCUGGCCAAGUGUCAGGUGGUCCGGCGCUACCUGGCCAGUUACAGACACACACGACUGAGGGAGGUUGACACCAUCAGCCAGUGUGACACACCAGGUUUGGAUAUAGAAUUCGCCAUGCACGGCGGGCAAGGAAUGAAUCACAACUGUAUCCCUCCACCAAGGGAUGAAGAGGAUGACGACGGCUUCAUUGAAGAUAACUACAUCCAGGCCAGUGAGAGAGAGAGGGCUGAGAGGGCGGCCGAGAACAUGGAGGACACAGAGGAAGAGUUGGAUGAAAUAGAAUUUACCAUCGCCUAGAAAUAGACCACGAUUUUAUGGUCUACAUUUAAACCUUUGAACCACCAAUUCCACUCCUUUUUUUUUUUUGUUUCAACACAUAUUUUCUAAUCACGAAAUUGACCAGUUACACACACUGGAACCGGGGAAUAGGUUAAGCACAAAAUGUCAUUACCAGUAAGUGCUCAGAAGUGUCUUUAGUUGAAAGCAGAAACUGACUCUGAACAAUGUGUGUGAAAAUGGCAGCAGUGUGUGAGGUCAGUCUACAGACCCAUUAAAGCAUUGGUGUCAAACAUGCGGCUAGAGGGCCAAAACCGGCCCGCCAAAGGAUCCAAUCUGGCCCGUGGGAUGAAUUUAUGAAAUGCAAAGAGUACACAGAAGAUAUCAAUAAUCAAUGGUGUUAAAAUAAUUUUCGGUUGAUUCGAUCUAAAAUGGGUCAGACCAGUAAAACACUAUCAUAAUAACCUAUAAAUAAAGAAAACCACAAAUUUCUCUCUUUGUUUUAGU